CCGCCAUGGCAGCGCGAAAGCUACAAGCCGAAAUUGAUCGAGUACUCAAGAGGGUUACCGAAGGCGUUGAGGCCUUCGACAAUACCUACAAGAAAAUGGAACAGUCGACAAACUUGACCCAGAAGGAGAAGCUGGAGGCAGACUUGAAGACGCAGAUUAAGAAGCUUCAACGCCUUAGGGACCAGAUCAAGACUUGGGUUGCUAGCAGCGACAUCAAGGACAAGUCGCACUUACUGGAGAAUCGCAAGAUCAUUGAGACGCAAAUGGAAAGGUUCAAGGCUUGUGAGAAGGAAAUGAAGACCAAGGCGUUCUCGAAGGAGGGUCUCAUUCAAGCAUCGAAGCUGGACCCCAAAGCACAGGAGAAGCUCGAAAUAACGCAAUGGUUACAGACUCAGGUCGAAGAACUGUUAUUGAAGGUCGAGCAAGCCGAAGCAGAGAUCGAAACAUUACAAGGAGGUGGAAAGAAGAAGCGGUCUGGUAACGCCAAUAGCCGUUUAGAAGCCUUAGAACACCUUAACGACCGUCGAAAGUGGCAUAUAAGCCGAUUGGAGAUUAUAUUACGGUUACUGGACAAUGGCUCACUCGCAGUUGAAACGGUUCAGGAGUUUAAGGAGGAUGUGGAAGACUUUGUUGAAAACAAUAAUGAGGAUAAUUGCGGAGAUUUUGACAGUAUAUAUGACGACCUUAAUCUGGACGAAGAGGAAGAGAAGUUCGGUUUGGUUGCUGAUGAAGGAGAAAGUAACGGUGAAUCAGAAGACGAAAGUGAAGACAUACCUCCCCGGACACCUUCGAAGAAAGUAGAUGACGAUUCACCAACCAACCAUAAACGGGAAGAACAUAGCCCUGUUCAGAGAAGGGCCGGUAUUGCUAUGAACAUACGGAAAACAUCAACUACUGAAGCACCAAAACCACCGCCGCCAAUAUCUGCCUCUUCUCAACCCAUGUCCAGCGUGGUAAAGAACGGCUUACCUUCUCGGCCACCAGUAACACUGCCAGUACGGUAUGCAACUGCCGCUGCCGCCGCUGUUGGAGGCGGGUCUUCAGGGUCUUCAGGAGCGCCCACAGCGCAAACAACAGGAGCUGUAGGACCUUCUGCCCCUUCUGUAGCCACAUCAAGCAAUGGACAAGUGCCUUCCUCUACUGCACAACAGAGUUUACAUGAUACAGCAUCAUCCUCGCCUAGCCUGACGCAAGCGUCGGUGUCUGGACCGAGUCCCAUGAUGUCGUCUGCGUCUGUAUCGGGCCUUGCAGCAGAUAGUUCGGUUCACUCACCUACGCAUUCGCCUGCCAUCUCUGAGGCUGUAGCUUCACCUGAGGUUUCUCAAUCCUCUCCAAAGAGGUCGGAACAAGCGACUGCCCCGAUACAACCUUCGAAUUCCGUUCCUUCACCCUUACCAGAUCAGGGUGUUGUACCGAGCGAAAUACAACCAACGGCUACAGUUCAGCAAAAUGCCCAAUCGGAGCCGCAAACUCUAGCUGCCACGACAUCUCAACAGCAGUUACCUGCUGCCUCACCAUUACCGCAACAAUUGCAGCAGUUCAACAAACCUUUGGCCCCAGGAUCUUCAACGUCUCCACAACCCACUUCAGCGCAAGCUCCCGCUUUCGCUCCAGGCGUCAAGGUAGAACAGGGCCAAGGGCUAGCUGCACCUGCUCCGGGAAUGCCUGUACCACAACGGAUAGCUUCAACCUCUCCGUCGGUGCAGCAGCAACAAUCGUUCGGUGCACAAUUGCAACAACAACAACAUCGCGGGACACCUUCAGCAUUCCCUGGUUCUCUGUCCGAUCUCGUAGCAUCGUUUGAGAAUGUCAAGCAGAAAGCUCCGCACCGCAUGACUAAUUUGGACCAGGUACACAAGCUACUUGACGGUAGUUAUCAGGGUAUGCCUCAGCCAAUGGACACAGAAAAGCCAAAGUACUACAUUCCCAAGAACCCGUUCCCCACUCCGCCGUACUAUCCUCAGUCGCCUCAUCCAGUGCUAAGCUCUCCAACACUGUUCCAGAAUCUGGAUAUAGAAACACUCUUCUAUGUCUUCUACUAUCUUCCUGGGACAUAUCAACAGUUCCUUGCUGCAAAGGAGCUCAAACGUCAAUCCUGGCGAUUCCACGUCAAGUAUCUGACUUGGUUCCAGAGGCAUUCAGAGCCACAGGCAAUCACCGAUGAAUAUGAACAAGGGGUAUACGUAUACUUCGAUUGGGAAGGCUCAUGGUGUCAAAGGAAGAAGAGUGAUUUCCGAUUUGAGUACAGAUACCUGUCUGAAGAUUGAACAGUCCAUUAUCCCUUCAUUAUCAGUGCCGUGAAUUCCCUGUGAGGUUUUACGGCGCUUUGCAUCAGCCAAGUCUCAUUGUCUAUUCUUUCGCAUGUUAUGUAUGAACAAGGCCUCUUUCUUUUUUUGAUGCAGACCAAGGUACCAUUAGGCACUACUCGGAUCAAAGUGUGCAUUGGGAGUAAGGUGAAUAUGAAGUACUUGUAAUCAAAGCGCCGUAUAUGGAGACAUCUACUCUAAAGAAACUACUCCGCCUAAUGCCUCGAACGCUUUCUUCAUCUUCUCUGCUUCUUCUUUAGGCAGGUUCUCUUUUAGGACCUUGGGUAAUGAUUCUACAAAGUUUUUGGCGGCAACGAGAGUAAAAGUUGGGUUCAAGGCCUUAACCUCGCGAAUCAUCUUCGGCUUUGCAGAGGCGUCGAAGGAUUCAAGCUUGACAUUGAAAAUGGUCUUCUCCUUCGGCUUCUCCUCAGCUGGCGCCUCUUCUGAGGCUUCAGGAGCGGCGGCUACGGGUGCGGCAGAAGCGGCCGGCAUAGCAAUCUCCUGUAUGUUCAGUCUUGACUUCAACGAAGAAACCAAGUUCGCCGCCUGAAGAAGGGUCAGUCCCGCAAUGUCAUCGACUAUUUUUGAUAUUUUGGGAUCUGAGGGCCCAGCCGGAGGAGGAGCUGCAGCUUCCGAGGUGCUCGUUCCGGAGGUGGCAGUUGCAAGGCUCCGGCAGACGACAAGACUUGAAGGGAAGGAUGAUUGUACCCUCCGCCUUGAAAGUGCGCGAAGAGAAGCCAUUGUACGUGACGCCAUACUGGAAAUUGGGAAGAA